CUGUAUGACCAAAAACCUUAACGUAACCUUGAAAACAGAGGUGGGCGCUUUGCUUGCCUAUGUCAAAAAGAAGUAUAUGAAUCACCUCUAUUAAUAUACUAUCACUCAAAACAACUUAAUUUAAUAACAAUCACACGCUAAUCAUCAGCCUACUCAGUCACAAUCAUGUGCCUUUGAUUCCAUUCUCACUCUUCCAUCUACAUCAAAUCUACACAUACUUAAAAAUAGCAAAAGAGAAACAAGAAAUUGACAAUGGCAUUGAAAAGCAGAGAGCCAGCUUCUAUGCUUGAAGGUGAUGGGCUUUGCAUCAGCAGAAUUCUUGCUAGAGAAUCAUCAGUGGGGCAAUCUUCACGUGUGUUUUAUCGAUCCAACGAAGGCAUUCCGUUUCGAUGGGAAAUGCAGCCAGGAACAGCAAAGAAUCCACAGCAAGAGGAGCAAGUUAUUCCUCCUAUUUGCCCACCACCACUCAUGCAGUGCUUAGGCCUCCCUCUCCCCAAUCUCGAUGAGCCGGAGCCACCGCGGCUGAAAACAUCCAUGAUUUGGAGGCUGAGAAAAGUGCUGAAAAAAGGAAUCACCACGAAUAUGAUAAAGAAGGUGCGUGGAAUAAGAAACAAAGAGCAAGAGAGCUCUAGAUUCUCUUUAACCUCCGAUGUUUCCAUGGUCGAUUCUCCCUUCUGCUGCAGCCCUUGGAACAUUCCAGCCAUCCUGGAAGAAGGGAACACCAGAAUAUACUACUGCAACAUACACAAGAAUGAAUUCGCCGUGGAAGAAGGCGAUUUAUUUAUGAGCAGAAUUCUCUCCCAAGUUUCCGCACCGGAGCAGUUUUCCGACCCGCUGCAUGGCGGGGAUUCAGCGGCGGGCGUGCCGUUUGGAUGGGAGAUGCAUCCAGGCACGCCCAAGGUGGCGGCUGAGGAUGAGCUCAUCCCGCCACCAAGCCCUCCGCCAGCGGCGCAAAGCCUGACACUACCGCGGCCUGCGCCAGCUGGCGGAUAUAUGAAGACGAAGAGCUCGGCGUGGAAGAAGGCUUGGCUCUGGAUAAGGUGGCGCGGCAGGAAAACGGAAACAUUGAAAAUGCAGCACGAGAUCAGCUUUAGGUAUAAUGAGAAAUGA